AUGGAACGAAUCAAACCUGAUGAUUCGAAGGAGUUGAUGAUAUUUGUGGACGCUUCAGAUAUGCAGGCGGGCAUGGUGGUUAUCUACAACGGUCAAACCGUGAUGACGGAAUCACUGGCCCUUACUAAGACAUCGACAAAUCUGGCGUCAUACAAGGAAGUCCAAGGGGC